AUGGACCCUUUCUUCCACCCAACUGAUCGCAUCAAUAAUUCUCAGCCAAAUAUGUAUUUCGGACUCUACGAUUGGUUAUCGCAUCCAACUCCUGGAUCCCGAUGUACUUGCAACUUAAAUUUUAAGAAAUCAAUUCUAGCAAUAAUUGCGUUCAUUUUACUUCUUUGCCUCGGCUUGGCUCAAUAUUUCUUCAUUGAGAAGUUCUACCUCAUUGUUCCUCCAAUUGGACACGCUGUUCUCUUCCUCUUAGAAAUUAUAAGUUUCCUCUGUUUCAUCCAAGGAAUCUAUUCAGAAAAAGCUGGCCUCUUUCUACCACUUUUGAUUACUCAAGCUGUCAGAGUUCUCUCGCUGUUGAUUGUGAUAGUAUAUUACGUAAUUCAAUUAUUCUUACGAGAAAACGAUUCUAAACCUAACAUUCAUAUCCCGGCUUUGGACUAUGAUCCAUACCAUAAAAGCGCCAAAUAUCUUUACCACGUAAUCAGCCAUUUGACUUUUGUUUGGUUCGGACAUCUUUUCCUUUUCUACAUUAUUUAUGCCUGUUAUAGAAUGUACUCAUCCACACCAUCACGACGUCCGCAGAAAGAGUACGAGGUUGCUCGACCCGUGCAUAAUGUUAUAAUUUUGGAACAACCUAUAGAACAAGCUAUGUAUGGCAAGAAAAUACUAAACUCUCACUAA